AUGGCUAGCAGCGAAGUGCUCUCGUCGCGGACCGAGACGGUCAACAAGUAUAUGAAGCUCGAUCAAAAGGGCAAUAUCAUGGCCGAGUACGUCUGGAUCGACGCCAACGGCGAGGUCCGCUCCAAGUCACGGACUCUCAAGGAAAAGGCCUACAAGCCCGAUGAGCUGCCCAUCUGGAACUUUGACGGCUCCUCGACCGACCAGGCCCCCGGCGACAACUCGGACGUCUACCUUCGCCCGUGCGCCGUCUUCCCCGAUCCCUUCCGCGGUACCCCCAACAUCAUCGUCCUCUCCGAGUGCUGGAACGCCGACGGCACCCCCAACAAGUACAACUACCGCCAUGAGUGCAACAAGGUCAUGGAGGCCUAUGCCGACCAUGUGCCGUGGUUCGGCCUCGAGCAGGAGUACACCCUCCUUGGCCACGACGACCGGCCCUAUGGCUGGCCCAAAAACGGCUUCCCUGCCCCUCAGGGUCCGUACUACUGCGGUGUUGGCAGCGGCAAGGUCGUGAUGCGCGACAUUGUCGAGUCCCACUACAAGGCGUGCAUGUACGCCGGCGUCAACAUCUCGGGAACCAAUGCCGAGGUCAUGCCCGCCCAGUGGGAGUUCCAGGUCGGCCCUUGCGAGGGCAUCGAGAUGGGCGACCAUCUCUGGAUGGCCCGGUUCUGCCUCGCCCGCGUUGCCGAGGACUUUGGCGUCAAGGUCUCGUGGCACCCCAAGCCCAUCCCCGGCGACUGGAACGGCGCCGGCCUACACUCCAACUUCUCAACAAAGGAAAUGCGCGAGGACGGCGGCCUGAAGCAUAUCGAGGACGCCAUCAAGAAGCUCGAGCCUCAUCACCUCGACUGCAUCAAGGAGUACGGCGAGGACAAUGAGCAGCGUCUCACUGGACGCCACGAGACGGGAUCCAUCGAACAGUUCACCUACGGCGUCGCUAACCGCGGCACCUCGAUCCGCAUCCCCCGCGAAACGGCUGCGAAGGGCGCCGGCUACUUUGAAGAUCGCCGACCCGCCUCCAACGCCGAUCCCUAUCGCGUCACCCGCGUGCUCAUGACGUCUAUUUUUGGCAAGCUGUAA